GAUAAACGUUUCUAUGCAGCCAACUUCCUCCACUAGUAUUACUUCUCCUAUGAAGAUUCCCACUCGUCUUCUUCUUCUUCUUAUGAUUCUCUUUUUCAUGUUAUCACAAGCCACCGCCAAUGGUUUCAACAAAUCAUUAGAACUAGAAGCAAAAGCUUUGGUUGCAACUAAUUGGUGGCCACAACAUGUAAAUGUUUCAGAUGAUUAUUGUAAUUGGGAUGAAAUCGGUUGCAAUAAGGCAGGAAGUGUCAUAAGUAUAUGCUUUUACAAUCAUAACCUUGAAGGUUAUCUGGGAAGCCUCGACUUCUCUUCAUUUCCAAACCUUGAGUGGCUUAAUAUAGACUACUGUGGUGUUGAAGGAAGCAUCCCAGAGCAGAUUGGUUUGCUCUCAAAUCUCACCGAACUUUCACUUUCCGGGAAUCAACUCACAGGUAAGUUGCCUGUUUCCCUCGCCAAUCUAACCCAUUUAGAAGGCCUUGAUCUUGGUGGUAACAAUUUCAGUGGUGAGUUACCUGUUGCCCUCACCAAUCUCACCCAUUUAAGAUACCUUUAUCUUGAUAAAAACCAACUUACAGGUCCAAUCCCACCAUUUGGUUCCAUGGUCACUCUCACUGUCCUAGACCUGAGCACAAAUCAACUCAAUGCAUCCAUUCCAAACCAAAUUGGUAAUUUGCAAAGCCUAGAAACACUGAAUCUGGGUGACAACAAUGUUGACGGUCCCAUUCCCUUAAGUUUUGGUAAUCUAAGCCAUCUGAGGUUUCUAAACCUAGGUAUGAAUUUCAUAAGUGGCCCCAUACCUAUAGAUAUAGCAGAUUUGAUGAACUUACAACAUGUCGACCUUAAUAAUAAUAGUCUUGUGGGUACACUUCAUCCUAAAUUUGGAAAUCUUUCUUACCUUGAUGUUUCAUCAAACCGGUUGUCAGGAAACGUGUCAUUUCAGUAUCCUUGUAAUCUAGUGCAGCUAGACCUCUCUAUGAAUCUAUUCACCGGAGAUAUCGCAAGUCUAAGUAGUAAUUGCUUUGGCUUAAAGUACUUGGACAUUAGUAUGAACAAACUUACGGGUCCAAUCCCACAUUCUGUUGGUUCCAUGGUCAGUCUAACAGUCCUCGACUUAAGCGCAAAUCAACUGAACGGAUCCCUUCCAAAGGAACUUACUAAUUUACAAAAGCUACAAACGUUGAACCUUGGUAUGAAUUCCAUAAGUGGCCAGAUACCUCUUGAUAUAGCAAGUUUGAUGAACAUAGAACAUGUCGACCUUAGUCAUAAUAAUCUUAUGGGCCCCGUUCAUCCUGAAUUUGGAAAGCUUACUUACCUUGAUUUUUCGUCAAACAAGUUGUCAGGAAAUGUACUAUUUCAACGCAAUACUUGUUACCUGAGGUAUCUAAACCUCUCUAUGAAUCUUAUGACGGGAGCUAUCACAAGUCUUCUUGAUUGCAAUUACUUAAGGUCCCUCGACAUUACUAAUAAUAGUUUUGUCGGAGAAGAGCUUAAUCGUACGGAAUUCACAGAAUUGGAUAUCCUAAACCAGUAUCCGAAUAAUUUGACUGCAAUCGUUCCCAGUCAAUCUUCAGUCCAGGAUAGAGAAAGUGGCUUGUCAUGCAAUGCUUUGAGCGGACAAUCACCCUGCAAAGAACAUAUGCAAAGAAAGAAACUGGUUCAACAUUUGACAACUUUUAUUCCCAUCAUCUUGGGACUUUGCUUCUUGCUUCUUGUUUACGUGUGUUACAAAAAUCACAAUGCCACAGAAAAUAAAAUCCAACCAGAAACAAUAAAACAUGGAAAUGUGUGCUCCAUAUUGAAUUAUGAUGGAACAAUUGCGUAUGAAGACUUCAUCACUGCUACAGAGGAUUUUGACCUCAGAUAUUGCAUGGGAACCGGUGCCUAUGGUAGUGUUUACGAAGCCAAACUUCCUGACGGUAAAAUAUUUGCUUUAAAAAAACUCCAUCGUUUUGAAGCCGAGCAACCAGCAUUCGACCAGAGUUUCAAGAAUGAAGUACAAGUGUUGACCAACCUAAGGCACAAAAACAUUGUAAAACUCUAUGGUUUUUGUUUGCAUAACAAAUGCAACUUCCUUGUAUAUGAAUACAUGGAAAAGGGGAGCCUAUUUUGCGCAAUAAGUGAUAGUGAAUUAGCAGUUCAGGUGGACUGGAUGAAGAGGGUGAACAUUAUCAAAGAUGUAGCACAUGCUUUGGCAUACAUGCAUCAUGAUUGCAACCCGCCUAUUGUUCAUAGAGACAUAUCAACCAACAACAUUCUCUUGAACUCAAAACUGGAAGGAUUUGUUGCUGACUUUGGAGCAGCCCGAUUGCUCGACCCGGAUUCCUCCAACCAAACGGUAAUAGUCGGAACUUUAGGAUACAUUGCUCCAGAGCUUGCUUAUAACAUGAUUGUGACCGAAAAAUGUGACGUGUAUAGCUUUGGGGUGGUGGCACUUGAGACAAUUGGAGGGAAGCAUCCUGGGGACCUCCUUUCAUCCUUGAACUACUCGACUAGUCGUGGUACAACAUUGGAAAAUAUAUUGGACAAGCGACUCCCUUAUCCAACCGAUAGUUCGAUUGAAAAGGAAAUUAUGCGUGUUUAUAAUGUAGCAGUAGCAUGCAUUCUCACAGAUCCAAAGUGUCGGCCAACAAUGAGAAACGUGUCUCGGGAAUUAUCAUGUUGAGGGUGUCAUUUGGGCUAUCACCAAGUUUAUUAUAUUGAGAACAACCCUUAAUUAUACUUGUGUCACCAUCAAAUAAAGUUGUAAACUUGAAACUUUCACAAUGUUUUAAUACCUAUUUCACGUCAAGCAAACUUAUAGAACUAUUGUUCAAUCUAUUAAGUCUGAA